AUGCGCUUCGCCGUUCUCUUCGCUGUCCUCGCGACGACCGCGCUCGCUGCCCCCGCUGUCAAGCGUCAGGAGUCUGUCCCUGCCGCCGACUCGACCACCGGCUGGACCGAGCCUGGCUCGGGCUCCGCUUCUGCCUCUGCUUCUGCUUCUGCUAGCGGCGAGGCGUCUGCCUCUGCUUCUGGUGAUGCUGAGGCUUCACCUUCUGGCGAGACUGCCUCUCCCCCUGCCUCUGGCUCCGCUUCUGGUGAGGCCUCCGCUUCCGAGGGCGCUCCUACUGGCUCUGCUCCUGUUGCUCCCUCUGGCGCCUCCGGUAACGCGACCCUCCUCCCCAUGCCCCUCCCCACUACUGGCACCAACGGGUCGACCAACGGCACCGACUGUGCUGGCAAGAAGGGCAAGGGCCAUGGCAAGGGCCGCGGCAAGGGUCACCGCAAGGGCCACGGCAAGGGCCAUGGCGAGGACUCCGACUCUGAGGAUGAGGGCGAGGGCUCCGCCAACGCCACCGUUUCUGCUCUCCCCUACCCCUCGGCGUCGGGUGGCUUCAACAACACCCAGGACCCCGUGUUCAACGGCACUGUUCCCCCUGUCCUGAAUGGCACCGCCAACGGCACCAACGCUACCGUCAACGAGACUCUGCCCAGCUACGCCCCCGGCACUGGCUCGGAACUCCCCGGCCAGCCUCGCUUCUUCCGCUUCGCCCGCCAGGAGAUCUCUGACUCACUCUCUGCCUCUGUCUCUGCCUCCGCGUCUGAGACCUCUGCCUCUCCUUCCGCUUCGGCUGAGGUCGAGGAGGGCGGCAAGGGCGGCGGUAAGGGUGGCGGCAAGGGCAAGGGCCACGGCAAGAACAAGGACAAGGCCAUGCCCCCUGGCAUCGAGCACGCGCCCGGUCUGAACGGCACCAUCCCUCCCGGUCUCGCUGGCCGCCUCAACGGAACCAACGGCACCGACUCGGCCAACGCCACUGGUGGCGCCGAGGCUGCUGCGAUCUACGCCCGCCAGGAUGCCACUGCUUCCAUCACGGGCUCCGUUUCGGCGUCGAGCAACGCUUCUGUCUCCGCUUCCCCUGUCGCCAGCGCUUCCGCCUCCCCUGCUGGCGACGCUUCGGCCACCGAGGACAUCCAGAUCGAGGAGUCUGCGACUCCCUCGGCCUCUGUUUCCGGAAACGCUUCAGCCUCCGCUACCGAGGAGGUCUCUGCGUCUGCCUCCGUCACCGGCUCCGGCAAGGGCAAGGGCAAGAAGGAGAAGGCGACCGCUACCGACGCCGCGAGCGUGACCGAGGCCAGCGCUGAGGCCACUGAGAGCGCCGGCAAGGGUCACGGCAAGGGUCUCGGCAAGGGCAAGAACCGCCAGUCCACGAUGGAGAUCACGGGCGGCUCGGGCGGUAACGGCGGCGACGGCGGGAACAGCAAGCACGGCAACGCUGGCAACGGCGGCAAUGGCGGUCCCGGUGGCGACGUCAACUUUGGCGGCAAGAAGGGUGAGGACGAGGACGACCAGGGCGAUGACUCGGAUGAUGAGGACGAUGAGGACUGGGGCGACGACGACUCUGAUGACGAGGAUGAGGGUGCGAGCUCCGCCUCAGUCUCUACCUCCGCCUCCGCCUCUGUCUCUGCUUCCGCCUCUGCCUCUGCCCCUAUCUCUGCUUCUGCUUCUGCCUCCGCGUCCGUCUCGCCUUCGGGUGCUUCCGCUUCAGCCUCGGCUUCCGACUCUUCUUCGAUCGCUGCGUCUAUCACGGAGCAGGUCUCGGCCUCGCUCACGGGAUCGAUCUCCGACUCGGCCGUUACCGCGCCCACUGGAUCUGUCUCUGCUUCGGGCUCUAGCUCUGGCUCUGACGCUGGAUACCCCACCGUCUCUCCUUCUCCCUCCGUCUCUGCCUCUACGAACGCCUCCGCGAGCAUCUCUGCGACUGGCGCCCCCACUGGCUCUCCAUCUGGUUCGGCUUCUGCUUCCGCCGGUCCCUCGAACUCGUCUUCGACCGAAGUGUACAGCUCUGAGCCUGGCAACGUUUCAGCCUCGUCCCUGACUGGCGCUCCCACCUCUGCUUCUUCUGGCGCUUCGUACUCCGCUUCUGCGUCUGGAUCCGCCGGGGAGUCUGCUAGCGUCUCUGCUAGCGCUUCUGACUCUGCCUCUGCGUCUGUCUCUGGUACCGAGUCUGCUAGCGCGUCCAGCACCGACGCCAGUGUCACUGGUAGCGCCAGCGCCUCGGGGUCGUCUGACUUGUCGAGCGCUAGCUCCAGCGUCGUCUCCGGUUCAGCUUCGUCGGUCUCGACCAGCGGCUCGCUCUCUGAGUCUGAAUCUGCGACUGUGACUGGUACUGGCUCGACCGACCACGGCUCGGCCCAGGAGAGCGCUACCGGAUCGCCCACUGCGUCUGUCUCGGACUCGAGCGUCUCUGGCGUCCCAACUUCGAUCGAUGCGUCGGCUUCUGCUUCCGCCAACGCUUCUUCCAUCGCGGCCACGCCCUAUUAA